AUGGCCAAGAAGCGGAUUGCAGUGAUUGGAGCUGGAACUAGUGGGCUGGGUGCCAUCAAAUGCUGCUUGGAGGAAGAUUUGGAGCCCACCUGUUUUGAAAGAAAUGAUGAUAUUGGAGGUCUCUGGAAAUUUCAAAAAAAUACUUCAGAGAAAAUACCUAGCAUCUACAAAUCUGUGACCAUCAAUACUUCCAAGGAGAUGAUGUGCUUCAGUGACUUCCCUAUACCUGAUCAUUUUCCCAACUACAUGCACAACUCCAAAGUUAUGGACUACUUUAAGAUGUAUGCCAAACACUUUGACCUCUUGAGCUACAUCCGUUUUAAGACCGAAGUGAGGAGUGUUAGAAAGCAUCCAGAUUUUUCUCUCAGUGGACAAUGGGAUGUUAUUGUUGAGAGUGAUGGGAAACAGGAGACUUUGGUCUUUGAUGGGAUCUUGGUGUGCAGUGGGCAUCACACAAACCCUUCCUUACCACUUCAGUCAUUCCCAGGCAUUGAAAAAUUUAAAGGCUAUUAUUUUCACAGUCGGGAAUACAAAAGUCCUGAGGAGUUUUCAGAAAAGAGAAUCAUUGUGGUUGGCAUUGGGAAUUCUGGAGUGGAUAUUGCCGUGGAGCUCAGUCAUGUAGCCAAACAGGUAUUUCUCAGUACUAGGCGAGGAUCAUGGAUCUUACAUCGUGUUUGGGAUAAUGGGUAUCCCAUGGAUAGUUUACUUUUCACUCGGUUCAAUACUUUCCUCAAGAAGAUAAUAACUACCGCCUCAACAAAUAACCACCUAGAAAAGAUCCUGAACUCACGAUUCAAUCACGCACUCUACGGCCUGCAGCCUCAGCACAGAUUUUUAAGUCAGCACCCAACUAUCAGUGAUGACCUGCCAAACCACAUCAUUUCUGGGAAAGUCCAAGUGAAACCCAACGUGACAGAGUUCACAGAAACAGAUGCCAUUUUUGAUGAUGGCACGGUCGAAGAGAAUAUCGAUGUUGUUAUCUUUGCCACAGGAUAUAGUUUCUCUUUUCCUUUCCUGGAUGAUUUGGUCAAGGUUAGCAAUAACGAAGUGUCCCUGUAUAAGCUUAUGUUCCCACCUGACUUGGAGAAGCCGACCCUGGCCAUCAUCGGUCUUAUCCAGCCUCUGGGCAUCGUCCUCCCUAUUGCAGAACUCCAGUCGCGCUGGGCUGUGCGCGUGUUCAAAGGGCUCAGCAAUUUGCCCUCAAUGAAGACCAUGAUGGCAGACAUUGCCCAGAGGAAAAGAGACAUGGAAAAAAGGUAUGUGAAGACACCACGCCACACCAUCCAGGUGGAUCACAUUGAAUACAUGGAUGAGAUCGCCGCCCUGGCGGGGGUGAAGCCCAACCUGCUAUUGCUCUUUCUCUCAGAUCCAAAGCUAGCCAUGGAGGUUUUCUUCGGCCCCUGCACCCCAUACCAGUACCGCCUACAGGGGCCAGGGAAAUGGGACGGGGCCCGGAGAGCCAUUCUGACCCAGAGAGAACGGAUCAUCAAGCCCCUGAAGACUCGAGUUACUAGUGGGGUCUGCCAGUCAUCCUCACAGCACUUUGUGAGAAAGUUGGUGCCACUUGGCCUGGCAUUUCUGGCUGCUGCCUUAAUAUAUUUCAGAUAUAUUCAUCAGCACAAACAGGAAUGA